AUGUUGAAGAUGCUCAAAACUAUUACAUUUAAAAAUCCUAUAAGAAAGUUAGAGGACAGCCAGUUCCUCAUGGCAGCCAGGCAAAACUCCAGCGCUUCCAUGCACUCACAGGCAUGUGACAUCCCACUGGUAUCCAAUCUACCACCAUCAUCCUUCAGAAGCUCCUCCCAGCUGUCCAGCAGCCAUGUGCCGGUCUUCGCCAAACUCAACAGGAGAGAGGGUGCUGGAGGCUGGUCUCCCCUUACCUCUGAUGAGCACCAAUGGUUGGACGUCGAUCUUGGCGAGAGGAUGCAGAUCACUGCUGUCGCUACUCAGGGUCGCUACGGCAGCUCUGAUUGGCUGAUGUCCUACCUACUGAUGUUCAGUGACACAGGACACAACUGGAGACAGUACAGACAGGAAGACAGAUAA